AUGGCAACUUGGGAACGGGUCCCAACGAAAGGAGUACAUACUUACAUAAGAGGAGAUGUUUACACGUUUACACAUAAGCCUUCCCAAAAGCUGAGCGAGCCGCAAGGUAUUGGCUUUAUUAGCCCCUUCUUCCAAGACACAAACUCCCACACCAUCAAACUUACUACAUCCGAGUAUUAUCAACUAAUUAUGUUGAAACAAGAGAGUAACGAGAUUGGUGUUGGGGACAACAACAGGGCACGAGCCUGUGACACAUGCCGGUCGACCGCCUGCACCGUCUACUGCCACGCUGACUCCGCCUACCUGUGCACGCGCUGUGAUGCUCAAGUCCACUCCGCCAAUAACGUUGCUUCCCGCCAUAAGCGUGUACCGGUCUGCGAGUCAUGUGGGCGUGCCCCGGCCGCUUUUCUCUGUGAGGCAGAUGAUGCUUCUCUUUGCACAGCCUGUGAUUCAGAUGUUCAUUCCGCAAACCCACUUGCUAGACGCCAUCACCGAGUUCCGAUUUCUGGAAACUCUUACAGAUCCAUGGCCAAUCACCACCAAUGCGAGACGACAAUGACCAAUCCAGAGACAAGACUGGUGGUACGUCAAGAGGAAGGUGAUGAGGAUGUCAAAGAGGCUGCCUCGUGGCUGUUCCCUGACUCAGAUAAAAAUAGUGGGAGUCACCAUGACAAUGAGUUAUUGUUUAGUGAUGAGUAUCUAGACCUUGAUGAUUACAACUCGAGUAUGGACUACAAAUUCAAAGGUCAACACAUUCAACAUCAACAUCAGCAAGACUGUGGCGUACCACAGACGAACUAUGCGGGAGAUAGAGUUGUUCCACUUCAACUUGAAGAAUCAAAAGGAGACCUGCGCCGCAAGCAACAUAACAUCACCACAUAUGGCUCCUCAGGAAGCUACAAUGGUUCCAUAAACCAUAACGCAUACAUUUCAUCCAUGGAAACUGACUUGGUGCCGGAGCCAACAGCACGUGUCCCAACAAGAACCCCCGACCAACUCCAACCUGACCAUCCAGUUCAGAUGGUAGCACAACUCAGUCCAAUGGACAGACAAGCCAGAGUCUUGAGAUACAGAGAGAAGAAGAAGACAAGGAGAUUUGAGAAGACAAUAAGGUAUGCUUCAAGGAAGGCAUACGCAGAGAGAAGACCGCGGAUCAAUGGCCGGUUUGCAAAGGGCAGAGAAUCCGAAGCAGAGGAGGACCAAGGGUUCAACACAAUGCUAAUGUACGACACAGGAUAUGGCAUUGUUCCUUCAUUCUGACACUCCUCUAUCCCCAAAAAAUAAAAUAGUAGAUUGCAAGCUGUAAAUUAAAUUACUUAUUAGUUUGAGAUUCUGUGAGGUUUGGUCUUGGCUUCAAGAAUUAUUGCUUAUGCAUUUCUGUAGUCUUAGCUAUUCAUAUUCCUCUGUAUUACUUAAACAAAACCUGUCUACUUCCCAAUUCUAAUUAUGCCAUCCC